GGUACUCGGUUUCAGCAGACUGCAACUUGCAACCAGAGCUAGAGCAGCACUAAAGCCUCUAACCAAGAGACUAGAAAACAAAGCAAACCACUACAGACGUCUGACUGCUACACUUAGGACAAAUUGCACUUGCAAAUACUUAUAGCAAGAUAUCGAAAAGGGAAUAGCAAAAACACAUUUUUCUUGUAAAAUAUCGAACGAGAAAAACGAAAAGAUGUUCAUUUUCUCUUUUGCGGUGAUCUUCAUUGGAACCAUCAACCUGGUUCUCUCCUCCUCCUGUCCCUCGAUAUGCGAGUGCCCUAUGGAACUGCCCAGGUGCGCGCCUGGUGUGAGCCUGGUAGCGGAUGGCUGCGGGUGCUGUAAGGUCUGUGCGAGACAGCUCAACGAGGACUGCAGUCUGACUGAGCCGUGCGACCACACCAAAGGGCUGGAGUGCAACUUUGGAGCCAGCUUCGGGGCUAUGCGUGGCAUCUGCCGUGCUAAGUCAGAGGGCAGACCCUGUGAGUACAACAGCAGGAUUUACCAGAACGGAGAGAGCUUUCAGCCUAACUGCAAGCACCAGUGCACAUGCAUCGACGGGGCUGUGGGCUGUGUACCACUUUGCCCUCAGGAGCUCUCCCUGCCCAACCUGGGCUGUGCCAACCCAAGGCUGGUCAAGGUGGCAGGCCAAUGCUGCGAAGAGUGGGUGUGUGACGACGGCAAGGACACUGACAUCAUUGACAAGCUGUUCGGCAAAGACACCAUGACUGACGAGUCAGAGAGUGACCUCACCAACAGGAACGAGCUCAUCACUGUUGUCAAAGGAGGACUCAAAUCUCUACCUGCGUUCAGAGUGCAGCCUGAGAGUCACCUGUUUGAGGGCCAGAAGUGCAUCGUCCAGACCACUCCUUGGUCCCAGUGCUCCAAGACCUGUGGCACGGGCAUCUCCACCAGAGUCACCAACAACAACGGCGAGUGCAAACUGGUCAAAGAGACUCGCAUCUGUGAAGUGCGACCUUGUACCCAGUCUCCUUACGCCAGUCUUAAGAAAGGAAAGAAGUGUAGCAGAACUAAGAAGUCGACUCAGGCUCAGAGGUUCACCUAUGCCGGCUGCUCAAGCCUGAAAAAGUACAGGUCCAAGUACUGUGGAUCAUGUGUGGAUGGGCGCUGCUGCAGCCCACAGCAGACCCGCACCAUCCGGGUCAAGUUCCUCUGUGAGGAUGGGGAGACCUUCAACAAGAACGUCAUGAUGAUCGAGUCCUGCAAGUGCACCUUCAACUGUCCCUAUUCCAACGAAGCCUCCUACCCUUUCUACAGACUCUUCAAUGACAUCCAUAAGUUCAGAGACUAAAUCAAAUCUGACUGGCUGAGAAUUGACCCUUUAGAGAUCCCCAAAACGACAUUGACAGACAGCCACUGGCAGUCAAUCUAUAUGCAGGGGUCCAACUCAACCGGCCAAUGAACUUCCUGUUGUAACUAGAUUCCCAAGGAAUUAUGGGCUUACAUCAUGAGGUCUUUGUGAAGUGCACUGUCUGCUGUGACUGAAUCAGCAUUCUUAAUUAGGAUUCGCUUCAUACUACUGGAGCAUGAUAGUAGCUUCGUUAUGGAGCAAACUGUAAAUUAACAUGUAAAUUAAAAUGUAUGAUAAUAUGUUGAAAUCAAUUUGCUGUGUAUAUUUCAGACCAACUAGGCAUGACCCAAACAAGCCUUAGACUUGUAUGUGUGUUUGGAUAUGCACAUAGGAAAAUUAAUUUAGUACAACAUGAUCCUGCAACCUAAAGAACCAAGACACCACGUUACUGUGGCUCCUUUUCUUCCUGACGUGGGCAUUAUGUUAAUGUUUUGUGGCAGCUAUUGAAUUUACCAAUGUUAUCAAGAAAGACAAGGCGAAACAUGUUGAAUGAAUGAGUGAUUUUGUUAUUAUUAUUAUUAAUAUUUAUCAUAAAAAUGUAGCUACUUUAUUUGGAUAUUAUGUGUCAUACUGGAAUAACUUGUAAAAAUGAUUUAAUUUUAUAUGUUACAAAAUAAAACAGAUUUAUUUAUG